AUGGAGUUGUUAGUGGCGGAAGCAUGUUCUAUUUUGUCUGGUGUGUUGGCUCAACAAUUGAAACAACGAUUAACAGAAAGUGAUAGAUCUAAGUUAAAAAGUAGAAAGAAAAGGAGAUGGUGGAAGCAAUGGAUUCAAAAGCGUAAAAGUAAUGGCGGUUCUAUGUUUAUUUCACGCGAGUUACGAAAUGAAAAUCCGGAAGAUUUCAAAAACAUUUUAAGAAUGUCAGAUACACACUUUUACUAUUUGUUGAAUAAAAUAAAAUUCAAGAUUCAAAAAAUGGACACAACAAUGAGGGAAGCUAUUCCAGCAGAUAUUAAACUCAAAUUAACACUUCGCUACUUAGCAACGGGUAAUUCAUUUAAAAGCCUGAAAUAUUUUUUUAGAGUUCCUAAAUAUACCAUCAGUUUAUUUCUACCUGAAGUUACUGAAUACUAAUUAAUAUAAAUAGGAAUAUUUAAAACAAUUUAUAGUUGUGUAUUUGAUAAGUCUGUAAGCAUAUAAUCUUCGGUUUCUGAUAACAGUUCAUCAAACAUAGCUGGAGAUCCGAAAUCACUUGUAUCUGUACUAGUUUGAAGGCUAGAAGAUCUUUGUAGUUCAUCAAUUGCAUUUUGGUUAUCAUUUUCUAUGAUUUCAUUCAUAAUCAUGUUGGUCAUCUUUUGUUGUAACAAGUAUGAUUUUUUAAGUGGUAGAUCUCUUAAUACUGAUGCAAUGUAUUUUCCAAACUGAUCAAAACUGUCUUCUUUUUUACUAUUUUGAGCCAACUUUUGAACUCUUUCAGCUAUACCAUCUAAUUGUUUAACUGCAGCUAACACAGUGUCAGUCUCACUAGAACUCGACUUAAAAGUCUCAAAUUUUCUUUUCUUCAAAUUCCAAUCUCUUUUUGUGGACUUUUAAAAAGUUUUCUUUUAAUAGUUGUAAUAUUAGUAUUAUUUGCAUUAGUACUUAUAUCAGGUUCUGUUAAAUUUGAUUCUAGUUCAUUGAUACUGGAUUCUACUUGAGAACUAUUAUUUGAGUCAUACAUAGCUUGAUUUUCUUGGUCACUUUUUUCACAUUACUUUUGUUUUCAUUUGAUAUCACCUGAAAAUUGAAUAUUUUACAAUUUUAAAUUUUNAACUAUAAACACCAGUAGAGUAUUAUAUUAUUAGCAUUAAUUGACCACAAUUACUGUUUCACGUACAUUGACGUUGGUGCAAAUGGAAAGGCAUCAGAUGGUGGUCUAUUUCAAGGAAGCUGUUUUUUUGAAGCAUUAGAAAACAAUAUUCUAAAUACCCCAGACGAUGUUGUUUUUGUAAUUGAUGAUGCUUUUCUGCUCAACACGUAUUUGAUGAAGCCGUACAACAGAAGAAAUUUAACAAGAGAACAAGCAAUUUUCAACUAUAGAUUAUCCAGGGCUAAAAGAAUAUCAGAAAAUGCUUUUGGUAUACUUGUGAGCAAAUUUAGAAUUUUCGAAAGACCAAUCCCAUUGAUAGCUCAUAAAGUCGAUAAAAUUGUUUUCGCUUGUUGUGCAAUACAUAAUUGGUUACGAAAAACAAGUCAAGUCUAUUUACUACCAGGUCUUAUUGAUCACGAAGAUUAUAACUAUGAAAUCACAAAUGGAUCGUGGAGACAAAAUCAAAGUUACAUCGUAGAUUUUCAACCAACAAAUCACAGAAAUGAAUGUACAAAUGCUAAGAAAAUUAGAUAUGACUAUUGUGCAUAUGUCAACGGAGAAGGAGCUGUUAUUUGGCAAUGGAAUUAA